GUGUAUCUGUUGGACGACUUUUUCGCAGCCAGGCUGCAAUCUAAUUAUUGAUUUUCGCUACCAUAAUUCUGACCUGAGCGUACAUCGUGCUACAAACGGCGUAAGGGUCAACGGAAAUCCGCAACAACAGCAACCAAAUUUAGCUAACGGCAAUAGCAGCAACGGCAACAAUCUAAAGGCAAACAUGGCAUUCCGUGGCAACCAGAAUCGUAACCGCAACUUUGGUGGCGGCAACCAAUACAACGGACCCAUGGGCACUAAUCGCAUGGGUGGCAUGAAUAUGUCACCCUGGGAAUCCCAGAAUCCCGGCGGUGGUCAAUUUGGCAACAAUAUGCGUCAAGGUGGCGGGGGCCAAAUGAACGCCCAGGCCAUCAACCUGGCCAACAAUCUGCUUAACAAUCUGUUCAGAAACCAGAAUCCACCCUCGCUGCUGGAUCUGCCACGCGGUGGCAUGGGCAACCGUAAUCAACGGGGCGGACAGAUGGUCAAUCGCGGUGGCGGUGCCGGCAAUCGUCUCAAUAAUCGUCGUGGCCAAGGAGGUUUCCAAAAUCGUGGCGUUACUAGUGGCCCCAAGCCCCCUCAAAAGCAGGGCGCCGGCGGCAUUCGUAAGCAGAAUGCUUUUGAUCGUGCCAAGAAACUUUUGGCUAAAAAUGCCAACACUAAUAAAAAGAAGGAAAUUACUCCUGGCGAAAAGAAAAUUGAGAGCACCGCAACCAGUCCGAAGGAGUCGCCAUAUGCCAGUGUGCCGAAUGAUAUGUUCUACUGUCAUCUGUGCAAGAAGCACAUGUGGGACGCCAACUCGUUUGAGAACCACAUUAAGGGCCGCACUCAUCUGAUGAUGCGCGAGGGUAUCGAGGAGAGCUAUCGCCUCAAGGCGAACAUGAUACGCCAGGAGGCCAAGAUUGCCGAGCAGUUGAAGUCCAUCGAAUUCGAUCGAUUGAAACGCAUGGGGAAGAGCAAGCAGCGCCAAUUGGAUUAUUGUACCAUGUGCGAUCUGAAUUUCCAUGGACACAUUUCGACGCAUCGCAAGUCCGAGGGUCAUUUGCAGCUGAAGAAGUUCUUGCAUCCGAAGUGCGUUGAGUGCAACAAGGAGUUUGCCACACGCAUCGAUUACGACACCCAUUUGCUGUCGGCCGAUCAUCUGAAGAAGGCUGCCGAGAACAACACGAAGGUGGGCGAACGCAAGCGUCAGACUCUGCCCAUCAGCACCGCUGAGGAGGAGACACGCGACUUGCGUCCCCCACAGAAGCGCAAGAAGAAGCCGAUCAAGAAGGAGGGUGAGGAGGCCACUGCCACUGAGGUCAAGAAGGAGAUCGAAGAGGGUGCCGAGGGUGAAGAGCCGGAAGGCGAGGAGCCCAAAGAGGGUGAGGAACCAGCCGAUGAAACGAAGGAGGGUGAAGAUCUCAACGAGAGCCAGGAGGAGGAAGAGGUUGCUCUGCCCGUCGAUCCCGAGGAUUGCAUUCUCGAUUUUCUCGAAGGCGAUGAAAUACCCAGCGAGGUAGACACUCGCCUCCCCAAAUACAAUUGGCAGCGUCCCGUUGGACCCGGUCUGAUCUCCAAGCUGGAGUGCUUCGAAUGCGCCGUCUGCAGCAAGUUCUUCGACACGGAGGCCACCGCUGAAAUUCACUCACGCACCGCCACCCAUCAUCGCAACUUCUUGAAGUUCAUCAACGAGAAGUCCAGCGACACUAAGAUUGCACAAAAGCGCGCCGCCGCCGCCAUCGAGGAGAACGAGCGCAAGAAGCGCAAGAUCGAGGAGACCGAGGCACCAGCUGCCGAGGGCAGUGCCGAGGAGACGGCCGAAGGUGGCGAGGGUGAACUCUACGAUCCAUCGGAAGCCACCGGCGAUGAUGAGGAUUUCGAGAUGACCGAGCAGCCUGAGGGCGAGGAGGAGGGCGGUGACGAGGAAGUCGCUGGCGAUGAGAACGGCGACGAGAUGGAGGCUCAGGAGGAGGAGGAUGAGGCUGAGCCAGAACCCGAACCCGAACCAGAGCCCACUCCAGUUCCGACACCCGCUCCAGUCGCUCAACCAGCAGCGACACCAGCCAAACCGGAGCCAGCCGCGAAGACGCCAGCCAAGGCUGCUGGCGCCGCUGCAGCAGCAGCCACACCAGUUGCAGCAGCAGCUGGCGCUGCUGCCACUCCGGCUACAGCUGCUGCUGCCACCCCAACUGAAGCCACGCCACUUAAGAAGCCACGUACAGCUGCCACGGCUGCUGCCACUGCUGCCGCUGCUGGUGCUGGUGCUGGUCCUGGCACUGGGCCCAAGUCGACGCCGCAACGCCAACGUGCGCGUGGACGCUACAACAGAUACUAGACGAUGGUGUCGAUUUAUUGGGCAUAAGACACACAAUAUAUAUAUAUAUUAUAAUCCAUUACUAUAACUAUAACUUUCCACGCACUUUUGAGGCAGCCCCCCUCCAAUUGUAAGAGAUUUAUUAGCGGGUAACCUUCAAAAAAAAACACAAACAACAAACAACACAAGGAAACAAAACUAAACUCUUAUCUUAGUGACAUUUUCAUUGCAUUUUGCAUAAACAUUGUUUUUUGUUGUUGUUGUUUUUUUUUAAAUUGACACAUGAAAACCGAUUGAUAUUUUCUAGCAUGUGUCCCAAAAAAUUACAUACAAAGAAAAACGGAAAAGAAAAAAAACAAAAACUAAACAAAAAAUCAAUAAAAAAAAAUAAUGCAUUCAAAUUAUGUAAUGAUUAAAUUUUAAAAUAAAAACUUACUUGUACACAAAACUCGAAACGAUUUCUAAACACUAUUUAUUAAAAUGUAAUUAUGCAAUUA